AUGUCUUUGAUGCUGACGACUCUUGCUGUAAUGGUUAUGACAGUGCAUGGAAAAACCUUUACAAAAUGUGAAUUAGCCAGAGAACUGGCACGGAAUGGUGUACCACGGGCCGAUAUAGACGACUACGUUUGUAUGGCAUGGUAUGAGUCGAGCUUCAGGACAUAUGCCGUAGGGAGAGUAAACGAUAACGGGUCUCGGGAUCAUGGACUUUUUCAAAUAAAUGACUACUGGAAUUGUGAUCCACAAAAUGGCCAAAGAACAAAAAAUGGCUGCAAUCAUCCAUGCUCAGAUUUCAAAAAUGAUGAUAUUUCCGAUGACAUUGCAUGUGUUCGUCAGCUGAAACGAGAACACAGGGGAUUCACAUUUUCAGUCGGAUGGAAAAACAACUGUCGUAACUUAUCCUCGAGCUAUCUUCGUGGAUGUAAUUAUUAACUCAUUCUAAGACGGACCAAAUUCAGAAAAGGCAA